UAAGUAAGGAUAAACAUGAAGUUUAUAAUACAAAUACAACUUCAUCGGGUGAAGAAAAAUACAAUGGCCACUCCACAUGUUCUAGCCAUUCCUUAUCCAGCACAAGGCCAUGUUAUCCCCUUAAUGGAAGUUUCACUACGGCUAGUAAAACAUGGCAUCAAAGUCACAUUUGUGAACACGGAAUUCGAUCACAAGAGAGUUGUCGAAGCAUUAUCAGAGACAGAAAACACACAAGAAAAAGAAAGUGUAAAUUUGGUAUCAAUCCCAGAUGGAAUGGAACCAUGGGAGGACAGAAAUGAACUGGGAAAAUUAUCCGAAGGAAUUUUGAAUGUCAUGCCUGGGAAAUUGGAGGACUUAGUCCAAAAGAUAAACGAAACAAAUAGAGAUAAGAUUACGUGUGUUAUAGCAGAUUAUAUCAUGGGAUGGGCACUGGAGCUAGCCAAGAAGUUGGGAAUCAAGACAGUAGCCUUCUGCUCGGCCGCAGCUGCUAUGGUGAACUUACUUGCUAACUGUCCAAAGCUGAUUGACGAUGGAAUCAUCGACAGUGAUGGAAGAGUCUUGAAGAAACAGACGUUUCAGCUAUCUCCGGCUAUGCCUGUAAUGAACUCUGAGACCUUGGCAUGGAUCAGUAUGGGUGACUUAGCCACACAGAAAAUUAUGUUUCAUUUUCUAAUAAACAACUGCAUUUCGGCAAAUGUGGCAGAUUGGUCAAUCUGCAACUCAACUUCUGAAUUGGAGCCUGCAGCAUUUGCCUUAAUUCCAAAUUGUAAACCCAUAGGCCCUCUUCUGGCCAAUUACCGCCUCGGGAAAUCAAGCGGUCAUUUCUGGCCACAAGAAGAAACUUGCCUAGAAUGGCUUGAUCAACAACCAUCCCAAUCUGUAAUUUAUGUUGCAUUUGGGAGUUUCACUAUUUUUAAUGAAACUCAGUUUCAAGAAUUGGCUCUUGGGCUUGAGCUAACGAAUAGGCCAUUCCUGUGGGUUGUGCGUCAAGAUAUUAGUACUGUCAAGUCGACCUCACCAAACAUGCCAGAAGGAUUCAAUAAUAGAGUACAAAAUCGUGGGCUAGUUGUGAGCUGGGCUCCUCAGCAAAAGGUCUUAUCUCAUCCUUCUGUUGCUUGUUUCUUAAGCCACUGUGGUUGGAAUUCUACAGUGGAAGGGGUAAGUAAUGGAGUCCCUUUCUUGUGCUGGCCAUAUUUUGCUGACCAGUUUUUUAAUCAGACCUAUAUUUGUGAUCACUGGGAAGUUGGAUUGGAAUUAGAAAAAGAUGCAAGGGGAAUAAUCAGAAAGGAAGAAAUUGAGAAUAAGUUGGAACAACUAUUGACUGAUAAAAGCUAUAGAGAAAGGGCCUUGAAUCUCCAAGCAAAGACCGUGGCUAGUGCCACAAAAGGGAGUUCUCAUAAGAAUUUCAAUAAUUUUGUGGACUGGAUUAAGGAAAAUGAUAAUCAUUCCUUGUAAGAGCAGAUGAUUUCAUUUUAUGUACAAUACUCAGUGUACAAGUGUGUUAAAAAUUGUGACCGUAUGUCUCAUGUCUAGACAUUGGAUUGUACUAUUUAAUUGCAUUUAAUAUUUUAUAUUAAAUAUAUUUUUCAGGAAAUUUAAUAUC